AUGGCUACAGCAGACGAAUACAUCGCGGAAUUCCGCAUGUUGACCGCACGAUGCGGAAUCACUGAAGACGUAUCCCUGAUUGAGUACUUCCAAGAGGGACUCCAGAACACGCUAGUCGAGAAGGUCUAUGGCAUGGAGCACAUGCCUAAGACGAUCGAAGACUGGUACAAAGCCACAUCCCGAUUCGACAAUCAGUAUCGACGGGCAAGAGCGGUCAUCAACCGAUACAAGGGAGUUGGCCAGAACAGAAACUUCGUCACUCCGAAGUACACGCCUCCCCCUAAAGACCCCAAUGCCAUGGAUGUCGAUCGCCUAUCGACCAGUGACAGAGAGAAGUACAUGAAGGAAGGGCGAUGCUUCACCUGUGGUCAGACUGGCCACAGGGCUGCCGAUCACAAGCAGGACAAGGGAAAGCAACCAGAAAGACGACCUGUCCGCGUUACUGAAGUCAAAGAAGACUCAGACAAAGGAACCUCCAAUAUCGCCAAGAUCAAAGCCAUGAUGGCAGAACUUGAAGAGAACGACAAGAUCAAGCUCCUCGAAGACAUGGCGGAGAAGGAUUUUGCUUAA